CGUAAAGAAUUCUGGAAACAAUUUUGUGUUUUCGUAUACUGUCAAAUUUAGUUCAAAGGAAACGCAGAUUCUUGAUUAUCGGACCCAACAGUAUCGGAUAUUGCCACAUGCUGCUCGAGCUCUAGUGUUUCUAUUUGCCGCUGAGGAAAUUAAGAAUUUAUAUCAGAAGGGGAUCGAGCAGUGUCGAUUAGCUUGUGGUGGACAUGGUUAUUCACAUGCAUCCGGUUUACCGGAAAUCUAUGCAUUUGCUGUUGGUGGCUGUACAUAUGAAGGCGAAAACAUUGUUCUGUUGCUACAAGUUGCACGCUUUUUGAUGAAAACCGUUGAGCAAAUAUGUUCGGGUAGCGCACGAUUAGCAAAGAUUAUGGAAUAUUUGGUAGAGCCUAGGAGAUUGAAGUCUUCCUUUCGAACAUGGCAAACACUUUCUCCGCAUGAACUUAUGCAAGAUUUUGAGCAGGCAGCCAGGAAUCAGAUUUUUUCAACAUAUGACUAUUUACAACAGCUUAAAAGAGCUAGCGGCUCCGCAGAAGUAGCCUGGAAUUCAGCCUCUGUUGAAUUGUGCCGGGCGAGCCGGCUUCAUGUUAAAUGCUAUCUGGCGCAGAGUUAUUUUGAACGAAUAGCGCGGUGUAGGGAAGCUGACUGUGCUCGAAUUCUGGAACUACUCGGCGAACUUUAUAUGCUUUUCGAAAUUUCCAGCCAUUCCAAUUCGUUCAGAAAGGUAAAUUAUCAGCUUUCCCUCUUCGCUGAACGCGGUGUUUAUGAAAUUAUGGAAUGUUUGCGCCCUGAAGCAGUCGCUUUAGUGGACUCGUUCGACUUCUCCGAUCGUGAGCUUCAUUCUGUGCUUGGUCGACGUGAUGGUAACGUUUAUGCAGCAAUGUUGGAAUGGGCCAAGCAUUCGAAGCUGAAUAAAACUGAAGUCAUAGCAACGUUCGAGAAGUAUCUCGGUCCAAUGAUGGAAGAAGGCCGCUCAAAAAUCUAA